AUGACGUCAUCAUACCACCGCAAGGCCAUGUUUCGUAUAUCAAUGAAUCGUAGAAGAGGGUUUCUAUGUACUUCUUCUCUAAGCUGCCGCGUCAACGUACGGAGGUUGUUUGAUAAACCUUAUAGGAGGUUGUCUGAUAAACCUUAUAGGAGGUUGUCUGAUAAACCUUAUAGGAGGUUGUCUGAUAAACCUUAUAGGAGGUUGUCUGAUAAACCUUAUAGGAGGUUGUCUGAUAAACCUUAUAGGAGGUUGUAUGAUAAACCUUAUAGGAGGUUGUCUGAUAAACCUUAUAGGAUGAUGUUUGAUAAACCUUAUAGGAGGUUGUAUGAUAAACCUUAUAGGAGGUUGUCUGAUAAACCUUAUAGGAGGUUGUAUGAUAAACCUUAUAGGAGGUUGUAUGAUAAACCUUAUAGGAGGUUGUCUGAUAAACCUUAUAGGAGGUUGUCUGAUAAACCUUAUAGGAGGUUGUAUGAUAAACCUUAUAGGAGGUUGUCUGAUAAACUUUAUAUGAGGUUUUCUGAUAAACCUUAUAGGAGGUUGCCUGCUAAACUUUAUAGGAGGUUGUCUGAUAAACCUUAUAAGAGGUUGUCUGAUAAACCUUAUAGGAGGUUGCCUGCUAAACUUUAUAGGAGGUUGUCUGAUAAACCUUAUAAGAGGUUGUCUGAUAAACCUUAUAGGAGGUGGUCUGAUAAACCUUAUAGGAAGUUGUCUGAUAAACCUUAUAGGAGGUUGUCUGAAAAACCUUAUAGGAGGUUGUCUGAUAAACCUUAUAGGAGGUUGUCUGAAAAACCUUAUAGGAGGUUGUCUGAUAAACCUUAUAGGAGGUUGUCUGAUCAACCUUAUCGGAGGUUGUCUGAAAAACCUUAUAGGAGCUUUUCUUAG